CAUGGCGACUCUCAGGUUCCCUCUCUUGGUGCGGAACGUCCUGACAAGUUCUUGGGGUUCGGAGUGGGUCUGUAUCCGGGUCCGAACCCAGCCCCGGCCCGAUGCCCUGUUGCAGCCGCUUCCCUCGCUUUUCGAAGUGGGGUUGCCACGCCGCCAGUUCGGCUCCGAGGCGGCAGAAUCUGGUAAAUCAGAGAUCAAGAAACCUACAUUUAUGGAUGAGGAAGUUCAAAGCAUACUCAUGAAGAUGACAGGCUUGAACUUGCAGAAGACUUUUAAGCCAGCUAUACAAGAACUGAAGCCACCAACCUAUAAGCUGAUGACCCAGGCACAGUUGGAAGAGGCUACAAGACAGGCAGUUGAAGCAGCUAAAGUACGAUUAAAAAUGCUGCCUGUUUUGGAAGAACGAAAACCAAUAAAUGACGUGUUAGCUGAAGAUAAGAUUUUGGAAGGAACAGAAACAGCCAAAUACGUGUUUACUGAUAUAUCAUAUAGUUUACCACACCGGGAGCGUUUUAUUGUCGUAAGAGAACCAAGUGGCACAUUACGCAAAGCCUCUUGGGAAGAACGGGACCGGAUGAUACAAGUUUAUUUCCCAAAAGAAGGUCGUAGAGUUUUGCCACCAGUAAUUUUCAAAGAAGAAAAUCUUAAGACUAUGUACAGCCAGGACCGGCACGUUGAUAUCCUCAAUCUCUGCGUUGCCCAAUUUGAGCCGGAUUCCUCUGAGUAUAUCAAGGUUCAUCAUCAGACCUAUGAAGAUAUAGAUAAACAUGGAAAGUAUGACCUUUUGCGUUCAACACGACACUUUGGUGGGAUGGCUUGGUAUUUUGUAAAUAAGAAAAAUAUUGAUGGUUUGCUGAUUGACCAAAUUCAGAGAGAUUUGUAAGUAUGAU